CCGCCCCCCCCCCUCCCGAAACCAAUGCUUCGGACCCCCGACACGUCGGUGUCACCGGGACCUAGCAAGGAACAAGGGAAUAAAGGGUUCCCUCAUUUGGGCGCAUGCGCGCGCGUCUGCGUCCUCCGCCCCGCGCGUCGGACAACAGGGUACGGAAGGAGUAACUGA